UGAUGGAAAGUCUGCUGUGUGUGUAUGUGCAUCCAAAAUAACGACCCUUAUCCCACACCCCUCUCUGCUGUUAUAGUGUUAUCUUCAAUUCCUUUGUCAUUACCUUUGGGAAGUGUGCCCACGUAUAGUUAUCGCCUUUUCCAAGAUAUAUAUAUAUGUAGAGAGAGAGAGAGAGAGUGUAUGAGAGAGAUACAAAUAUAUAUUGAAUAUUUUACAGUUCUAGUUUCUGAAUUUUGAGUUUCUUUGGUGUUUCUGUAUUUAUUGUGUUCAUUUCACAUUCCCAUUGGGAAUCAGGAGGAGUAGAAGAGAUAGGAGUUUGAUUAUUGCAGUUGACGUGCAGAAAAGAGAGAGAAAAUAUAGUUUUUUAAGAAGUGAAGAGCUGAAUGGAAUCGAGGGCCGAGCGGCGGCUGAGAUUGAUUCAAGCGCAUCUGAUUCCCGACGCUGAUGAUUCGUCGUCGCGGGUUUCAGCGAACCUUACCGCCGGUGAAUAUUUUCACGGUGAAAGAUAUAGUGUAGUUCUCCCUGAGAAACUGCAAACAGGAAAAUGGAAUGUGUACAGAUCAGCACGUUCUCCUAUGAAGCUUGUCAACAGAUAUCCAGAGCAUCCAGAGAUUGGCACAUUGCAUGAUAAUUUUGUACAUGCAUUAGAAAACUUCCGAGAUUACAAGUACUUGGGUACGCGUAUACGGAUAGAUGGGACUGUUGGAGAAUACAAAUGGAUGACGUAUGGAGAGGCAGGAACAGCUCGGUCAGCAAUAGGUUCAGGACUUCGCCAUCAUGGAUUACAAUCAGGAGCUUGUGUUGGACUUUAUUUUAUCAACAGACCAGAAUGGAUGAUCGUGGAUCAUGCUUGCUCAGCAUAUUCGUACAUAUCAGUCCCUUUAUACGAUACCCUUGGUCCUGAUGCUGUUAAGUAUAUUGUGAAUCAUGCUGAUGUACAGGCCAUUUUUUGUGUGCCAAGUACCUUGAACACUCUACUAACCUUCCUGUCCGAGAUUCCUUCUGUACGUGUAAUAGUGGUAGUGGGAGGGAUAGACGAACAUCUCCCAUCUCUACCGUCUACUUCGGGAGUCAAGCUUUUAUCAUACACGAGGUUACUUAGUCAGGGUCGCAGUAAUAUGCUCCCAUUUUGCCCUCCCAAACCUGAAGAUAUAGCCACUAUAUGCUAUACAAGUGGUACUACUGGGACACCGAAGGGAGUUGUAUUAUCACAUGGAAACUUGAUAGCAAGUAUCGCUGGCAUGACCCUUGCAGUCAAAUUUUAUUCCUCAGACAUUUACAUUUCCUAUCUUCCCCUGGCACACAUCUAUGAACGGGCUAAUCAAAUUAUUGCCGCAUACUAUGGUGUUGCUGUUGGUUUCUACCAGGGGGAUAACAUGAAAUUGAUGGAUGACUUAGCUGCUCUGAGACCGACAAUCUUUUCCAGUGUUCCUCGUCUAUAUAACAGAAUAUAUGCUGGGAUAACUAAUGCCGUAAAAACUUCUGGUGUUCUUAAGGAGAGGUUAUUUAAUGCAGCCUACAAUUCCAAGAAGCAAGCUGUUUUAAGUGGUCGAAAACCAUCGCCAAUGUGGGAUAGGUUGGUUUUCAAUAAAAUAAAGGACAAACUUGGAGGCCGAGUUCGUUACAUGACUUCAGGUGCUUCACCAUUGUCUCCUGAUGUGAUGGAGUUUUUGAGGGUGUGUUUUGGCUGUGAUGUUAUUGAAGGUUAUGGUAUGACAGAGACUUCUUGCGUCAUUAGUUCUAUGGAUGAGGGUGACUACUUAACUGGUCAUGUUGGUUCUCCCAAUCCUGCAUGUGAAAUAAAGCUUGUUGACGUCCCUGAGAUGAAUUACACUUCAGAGGAUCGACCUCAUCCUCGUGGGGAGAUCUGUGUCAGAGGACCCAUCGUUUUCCAAGGCUAUUUCAAAGAUGAAGUCCAGACGCGAGAAGUAAUAGAUAGUGAAGGAUGGUUGCACACAGGAGAUAUUGGGUUAUGGCUACCUGGAGGCCGCCUGAAAAUUAUUGAUAGGAAAAAGAACAUUUUUAAGUUGGCCCAGGGUGAAUACAUAGCACCAGAGAAAAUUGAGAAUGUCUAUGCAAAGUGUAAAUUUGUUGCACAGUGCUUUGUGUAUGGUGAUAGCUUGAAUUCAUGUUUAGUUGCCGUAGUCUGUGUGGAGCCAGAUGCAUUAAGGGAGUGGGCAGCCUCAGAAGGUAUCGAGUAUGAAGAUUUGGGAAAACUGUGUGCUGAUCCAAGAGCCAGGGCUGCUGUUCUUGCUGAGAUGGAUGCUAUUGGAAAGGAAGCUCAGUUGAGAGGUUUCGAAUUUGCUAAAUCUGUAACAUUGGUGCCUGAGCCGUUCACCGUGGAGAAUGGUCUGUUAACUCCAACAUUUAAGAUCAAGAGGCCUCAAGCAAAGGCCUAUUUUGCCCAAGCAAUAUCCAGUAUGUACACUGAGCUUUCAACUUCUGAUCCCACGCCACAAAAGAUGUUGUGAUGGAGACUCUCUUACAUAAAUCUCCACAGCUUGUGUGUCCUCAUACAUCAAUAAAGGAGAGGCCAAUUAUUCCAGAUGUUCAUCUUACUGAAUGCUGUGUACAACGCCAGUAUCAGCAUUUUUGUUUCGUUAUUAUUGGAUUAGCUGCUUUACGGU